GCUCAGUCGCUGAGGAAUGUCAACUCAAUAUUCGCUCAGUCCUCAAUUCAUGCUGCUGUCCAACAUGACUCAGUUUAGCCCCAAGUUCUACCUCACAAGCUUUCCUGGAUUGGAAGCCAUCGAACACUGGAUUUUCAUCCCUUUUUUCUUUAUGUACCUGGUGGCCAUCUCAGGCAAUUGUUUCAUUCUGAUAAUUAUUAAGACCAACCCUCGUCUGCACACAUCCAUGUACUAUCUACUAUCCUUGCUGGCCCUCACCGACCUGGGACUGUCAGUGUCCACCUUGCCUACCACCAUGGGGAUCUUUUGGUUCAAUUCCCGUAGUAUCUACUUUGGAGCCUGCCAAAUCCAGAUGUUCUGCAUCCACUCAUUUUCCUUCAUGGAGUCCUCAGUGCUACUCAUCAUGUCCUUUGACCGCUUUGUGGCUAUCUGCCACCCCCUGAGGUACUCAGUCAUUAUCACUGACUGGCGAGUAUUCAGAGCAGGUCUGAUUGUCAUCCUCCGGGGACCUGUGGCUCUUGUCCCUAUUAUCUUUCUCCUGAAGGCAUUUCCCUACUGUGGGCCUCUAGUCCUCUCCCACUCAUUUUGCUUACACCAGGAAGUGAUACAUCUGGCUUGCACAGACACCACUUUCAACAACUUGUAUGGGCUGACACUGGUUGUUUUUACUGUGAUGCUGGAUCUAGUGCUCAUCGCACUGUCCUACGGACUAAUCCUGCACACAGUGACAGGCCUGGCCUCACAAGACGAGCAGCUCCGAGCCUUCCAAACGUGCACGUCUCAUCUCUGUGCUGUGUUAAUAUUCUUUGUGCCCAUGAUGGGGCUGUCCCUGGUGCACAGGUUUGGGAAGCAUGCCCCACCUGCUGUUCACCUCCUUAUGGCCAAUAUCUACCUUUUUGUGCCUCCCAUGCUUAACCCAAUCAUUUACAGUAUUAAGACUAAGGAGAUCCGCCAUGCUAUCAUCAAGCUCCUAGGCCUUAGACGAGCCAAUCCUGAGUCCUGGAACUAAAACUGCCAUGGAAUACCUAUAAG